AUGCUUUUGUUACCGAUUCUGGUGCAUUCUGCUCUUGAUCCAAACUUUCAAGAGGAGCAAUUCCUGAAAGACCCCCAACAGUUCGAACAGGUUGAAGAAGGAUCCGGAGAGAAUACGGAGGAUGUGUUGGUUUCCGAAAACUCUACGACGACGUCUUCUUCUCGUUCGUCUUCUACCUCAACGUCUUCUACCUCAACGCCUUCUAUUCUCACCUCUUCAACUUCUACCCAUUCCCUCACUACACCCGCUAAACCCAUAAACUGCUACGAUAUUUCGAAAAGAUGCUCCAAACUGGUGCCAUUGUGCACACGAGAAGAAUACAAAACUGUGAGAUUUUAG